AUGAAAAAGUCCAUUGCCUCCCACUUGUGUUUUCUGUUUUGGAUUUUCCUCCCAUGUUUUGCUUCCGUGGCUGAUGCACAAGCCGCCACUAUUGGAGCCAAUGGCCGAGUGGAGCGGGGCUCUCCUCCUACCAUGGUUCAAGAACAAAUGCAGCAGAUUUUUCAAAAGCUUCAGGCGGCAACGACUCCUGAAGAGCAGGAGCCUCUGUUUCGUCAAGUAUUGCAAUUGGAUCCGGACAAUCCAGUAGUCCAUUUUCAAUUGGGGAUGCUCAAGUUUGGAGCCGCUUCUCCAUUUGUACGGGAUCAAGGCAUGAGCCAUUUGGAAAAAUCACUCGAUAAUUCACGUGGAGAUUCUCCCGCUGCCUUGCCUUCUGCCGGUGGAAUGCGCAUGGCCAUGAUGUUGGGACGGUAUCGAUGGGAAAUCAAGGAUUUUCUAAAAGCCUUUUACUACUUGACAUUGGCAAGUCGUGCUGCUCCAAUCGUUCCAGGACCAGAUGGCAAUCAAGAUACCUCCAAACUUUGUGUCGAUGCCUCCCUUGCCACCAUGUUGCAUCCCUAUCCCAAUACCACUCGACAAGCCGAUCAAAUGUAUGAACUCUACAUGAAAACGGCACGCGAGUUUCUACAAGAACGCAAGCGAACGGGCUCCAAAACUCGUUGGAACGAACGCGAAUUGGAAGUUGUCCCGGGCGCUGCCGAGGAUCCCUACGUGCAUUGCAUCUUGACACUCUUUCAUUUGUCCUUUUAUUACCGAGCCAAUGUCGCAGAAGCGGCUCGGUUGCAUUAUCAGGUUGCCACAUCGGUAUGGCCCGAAUUGAAAUACACGGCACCGUCGGUCGUUCCCAAACUACCCACCGUUCCACCACAUCAAAACAUCCACAACAAACCCUGCGUCACACGCAAAAUCAAAUUGGGCAUUGCAUCGGGAUUCCUCUCGCCGGGAUCCUCCGUAUCGGCCGAUUUUGGAGGAGUCAUGCAACGAUUGGAUCGGGAUAUCUUUAACAUCACGUACCUGCAUUUUAAAAAUGCUUCCGGAACUCCCACCGAUCCCUUUGUCUACCGACAUCAGAAAACACAUGGCGACACGGUACUGACGUUUGCCAGAGAUCCCAACGAACAAUUCAACUCCGGUGCUUGGCCCACAACACUGUAUUCCGACGUCGAAAGCUUGGAUUUGGAUGUCCUCUUGUAUCUGGAUCUGACCAUGAGCCCCUUUGCCAAUCGCAUGGCCAUGGCACGGCUGGCACCCGUACAAGCCAAUUCGCAUGGACAUCCCGUCACCAGUGGUAUUGAAAAUGUCGAUUACUUUAUUAGUUGGGGAGCUGCCGAAUUGGAUCACGAAACCGCCAAUACACAUUACUCGGAAGAAUUGAUUCUAUUGGAUUCCAACGUUCCGCAUCAGUAUUAUUCGCCACGCAUGGAACGAGGAGUGUCCAUGAUGAAUGGGGAAUACUAUGCCGACAAGACAAAUCGACUCUUUUUCCGAACCUUCAUGGUCCCGGCGGAAGUCCAAAUCAAAAAGAAGGGAAACUUUCCACCGGGCAUGUUUGACGAUAAGGCCAAUCACGUACGGUGGUACACCUGCAUGCAAAAACCACACAAGUUCAUGCCGGAACUGGAUCCACUCCUCUGCGAUGUCCUGGAGGAAGAUGAAAAUGGAGUUUUGAUCAUGCACCAACCCGAUACACAAAAAUUGGUGGAAGGCUUUGAACGACGAUUACGGGCGGCAAACUGUGACAUGAACCGUGUCUAUUUCCUGCCCGCGUUGCCUCAUCACAUGUUACUGGCACUCUAUCAGGUCUCCACGCUCAUUCUGGAUUCCUAUCCGGCUGGCGGAUGUACAACGACACGAGAAGCACUGGAAUUAAACAAGGUGGUCGUCACGUUGCCGGCACGACUUUUAGGAGGGCGAUGGUCCUAUGCAUACUACCAAAUCCUCAACGACCCCAUUCUCAAUAAGCAUGUUAUUGCUUCGUCGCAUCAAGACUAUGUUGAAAAGGUGGGGAUCCUGGGUGGCGAUGUGAAUUUGAGAACGGAAAUGGAACAGCGGAUUGCUGAAUCCUUGCCCAAUCUUUACCGGCAAUGGGAUGCCGUGCACUCGUGGGAAAGAGCCCUGUUGAAGAUUUCUCCUGUGGAGAAACGUGAUCAGUGUGACGCCUAA